AGCUGGCUAGCUAUGUUGUUAAUGUUUGCAGUUACACGUGCUGUUAUUUUCCCGUAAAAUGUUAUUAUUGGGACUCAUUUUUAGGCCAGAACUGCUUUGAUAGCAACUAUAAUAUUCCGGUUGAUGGUGUUUGAAGGUUCCCAUUUGCCUUCUCUUUAAAGGAAAUGGCUAGUUUGCGAAUUGAAACCCACUGUUUGUUGGUAUCUACAUCAUGGGAGCUUACCUGUCGCAACCCAACACAGUGAAGUCCUCUUCCAAUGGUGGAAACCAAAAGAUGAGCUACGGCUUUGCGGCCAUGCAGGGCUGGCGUGUCUCUAUGGAGGAUGCUCACAACUGCAUUCCAGAACUGGAUGAUGAAACGGCCAUGUUUGCUGUGUAUGAUGGACAUGGAGGUGAGGAAGUUGCAUUGUAUUGUUCCAAGUACCUUCCUGAUAUCAUUAAAGAACAAAAGGCUUACAAAGAUAGCAAACUGCAAAAGGCUUUGGAGGAUGCAUUUCUGGCCAUUGAUAGCAGGGUGACCACAGAGGAAGUGAUCAAAGAGCUUGUUCAGAUAGCUGGCCGCCCACAAGAGGAAGCACCGACUGAAAAAGUGGCUGAAGAAGAUGAUUUGGACAAUGAGGAGGCAGAACUUUUGCACGAAGAGGCCACUUUGACCAUUGAAGAGCUGCUCGUCCGCUACGGACAGAACCUCAAUGCACUCAAACACAAGAAGCUCUGUCCGGAGGGCAACAAAGAGUCUGCGGAAGGUGAACCACAUUCCUAUGGGGAGAAGGGCAUCAAUGGAGAAGUGGAGGGUGAGAUGGACAGCAAUGGAAAGGCCAAGGCUGAUAGUGCAGCUGGUAGUGCUGGAUUCUCCAAGCUGCGGACCUGCAGGAGAGCAGGAGGGGACAGCUCUUCAGCGGCAGGAGCAGCAGGGUCCUGUGAAGGAGAGAAGGACACCGGGCCCUCCUGCUCCUCCUCAGCGGCUCCGGCUCCGGGAGACACCAGCUCCAAGUUCUUUGAGGACAGUGACGAGUCGGGGGAAGAGGAAGAUGAGGGCAGUGAAGAGGAGGAUGGCAGUGAGGAAGAUGAAGGUGAAAGCAGUGACGAAGAGGAAGACACUGAAGAAGGAGAGGAUGAGGAGGAGGAGGAGGAGAUGUGCUACCCUGGAAUGGAUGGAAAAGAAGAGCCUGGCUCAGACAGUGGCACUACAGCGGUGGUGGCUCUGAUCAGAGGGAAACAGCUGAUUGUGGCAAACGCCGGGGACUCCCGCUGUGUGGUGUCUGAGAAGGGCAAGGCCAUAGACAUGUCCUACGACCACAAGCCAGAGGAUGAGCUGGAGCUGGCCAGGAUAAAGAAUGCUGGGGGAAAGGUCACCAUGGACGGCCGUGUCAACGGAGGACUCAACCUCUCCAGGGCCAUCGGCGAUCACUUUUACAAACGAAACAAGGCCCUUGGCCCAGAGGAGCAGAUGAUCUCCUCAAUGCCCGACGUCAAAGUACUCACCCUCAACCCGGAGCACGACUUCAUGGUCAUUGCAUGCGACGGAAUCUGGAACGUCAUGAGCAGUCAGGAUGUUGUGGACUUUGUCAGUCAGAAAAUAAAGCCUAAUGCCAGUGGUGUUGCCAGGCGUCUGUCCUCCAUUGUUGAAGAGCUACUUGACCAUUGCCUGGCACCUGAUACAUCUGGAGAUGGUACAGGCUGUGACAACAUGACCUGCAUCAUCAUCACAUUCGGCGCUCACCCUGGCAACAGCAUGGCCGACGGCACCAAUAAGAGAAAGCCUGAAGAGAUUGUCCCAGAGAAGAACGGGAAUGACAGCAAGAAGUUAAAAAGCGAAUAGAACUGCCAACAAGUAGAAUAGAGCAAGUCCUUUUCACAAACCAGGACUUUCUCUCUGGAAACUUUUAAAGACAGUGGUCUCUGGAAUAGGAUGAGUUUUAGUUUCAUGUCCCAAGACAAAAGUAUAAAUGGGAAAACAAACGUUUUCUUUUUGUGUAAUUGAUUGACUCCUAGUGUGCUGUUUGUCACCACGCCCAUGUUUAUGUAUAUACUUGUUAAUUGAAUACAUUCAUUUUGUUUGUAAUUAUGGAUCAAUGUGACAUUUGGUGCAUACUCUUGACACCAUUGUAAUUACAAAUACAUUUAAAAUGUGA